AAUGAUCGAUAUAACUCGUAUCGAUCGAGAAUCGCAAUUAUUGACAAACCAAUCGAUGCGAAAGGAAUGGCGUCGUGAACAAGUCUCGCAGUUGUCAGAGUAUUGUUUUCGAAUUAUCAGUUUUUGUUAAAAAAAAAAAUCUUUGAUCGAGUUGACUGUGGCAAGAUUACACUUGUUACCCGGUACAAUAGCAUUUCUCGAGAAUAGACGCAGGCUUUGUUUUUGUUUUGAAGCAUACGCGACACUCGAUGCCGCGCGUCUACCGCACGCAUGCCAACAUAAUUCAAAGUGGUGUAGCAUUCAGUGAUGUGACUUAUGACCCUUUUGAGAAUAUACAUCGGAGCUAGAAGUUUACACCGAUAUCAUCUAACAUUUUUCAGCGCGACAGAAAGGGGACGUCAUCGACUGCUGAGCGGCAAGAGACGAAAAAUCAGCUGGCUGGUGAAUCGUCGAAUCGUCGAGAGACAGGAGCACAGCAUAACGCACACUGAGAUCACGCAGAGACGCGUUCUCCAGGAGAAGGGCCCCGACAUGCCGCAAUACACCGGACAGAGUGAUGCAGAUUACCACGGAAGUAACGGCCAGGCGGAUACCCAUUCGUUGCAUUCGUCUCAUUUGUCUGUCCAGGAGGAUCCAUUACUCAUCCGGAGCCAUAAGCAGCAAACUACUCAACAAGUAACAAACGUGUCGAAGGUGGUGCGCGAGGUGUCACACAUGGAGCCGGAUCCGGGCGCGGUGAGCUACAUGUCGGUUCCAUUGAUGUCCCAGGACUAUCAACACGCGGACCGACGGUACCCGGCCGACUCGUACAUGGUCGGUUUCGAGCACUACGAGCCCUACCUCGGCUACCCGCCCCAACCAGGGUAUCCAGGCCCCCAUGGAAUCUACAUGCCACGCUCGCACUCUCCUCACAGCCCCCACAGCCCCUCGGAGCACAGUCGUGCCUCGCCUCCGCAUGGUGAGACUUUCUUUCGUUCGUUCGUUUGUUUGUUUGUUAAAGAAUACCUGCGCAAGGCGGCGCCUUACGUGGAAGGAGGCUACAACGACAUCGAUCCAGGUUUGAAUCCCGCGUUGCAAGAUCAUUAUCGUAUUACUCCUAGUCCCGGUGGUCCUGGAGAUCAAUAUGAUCAGAUCAGCAACUCUUGGAAUAUGGAUGACUCCGGCGAACCCUCUCAGCAUCCUCAUGACGAGAAUAAAGUGGCCUACGGUUACGUGUCUCCGUCCCCAUACGGGCCCGUCGGAUACGGCCCUGGCGUCGGGGUGGGCCCGGUCGCGGUCCCAAGCGACGUGCCCGGCUACGACGAGGGCCACCCGGUCCCCCUCCCGACCGGCGUCCCGCCCGGGAUGUUCGACGACGAGGUCCACCUCCAACGGUUGCAGUCCCGACACCCGGUCGUGCCCGGGAUGGCCAGCCCGCUGGACGACGACCAGAAGUCGAUGAGAUGGCGGGACCCGAAUCUGUCCGAGGUGAUAGGCUUCCUCAGCAACCCGAACAACAUCAUCAAGGCGAACGCCGCCGCGUAUCUGCAACACCUGUGCUACAUGGACGACCCCAACAAGCAGAAGACGCGAAGUUUGGGCGGCAUACCGCCGUUGGUCCAGCUGCUCGACCACGACAAUCCGGACGUGUACAGGAACGCGUGCGGCGCGUUGAGGAACUUGUCGUACGGGAGGCAGAACGACGAGAACAAGAGGGCCAUCAAGAACGCGGGCGGCGUCCCCGCCUUGAUCAAUUUGUUGCGCAGAACGUCGGACGCCGACGUGAAGGAGCUGGUCACGGGGGUCCUGUGGAAUUUGUCCUCGUGCGAGGACUUGAAGAAAUCCAUAAUCGACGACGGCGUGACGAUGGUGGUGAACAACAUAAUCAUCCCUCACAGCGGCUGGGAUCCAAGCUCCUCGAGCGGGGAGACGUGCUGGUCGACCGUGUUCAGAAACGCUUCCGGCGUGUUGAGGAACGUGUCGAGCGCCGGGGAAUACGCGAGGAAGAAGCUCCGCGAGUGCGACGGCCUGGUCGACGCCCUUCUCUACGUGGUGCGGUCCGCCAUCGAGAAGUCGAACAUCGGGAACAAGAUCGUGGAGAAUUGCGUGUGCAUCCUGCGAAACCUGAGCUACCGUUGCCAGGAAGUGGAGGACCCGAACUACGACAAGCACCCGAUUCAGUCGACCGUUCAGAACAGGGUGGCGGCGCCGGCCAAAGGCGAGAACCUCGGUUGCUUCGGGGGCAGCAAGAAGAAGAAGGACGGGCAACCGGUGCAAAAGGAAACGACCGCGUCCCGCACCACGACCAGCCCGAGAACCGAGCCUGUCAGAGGCAUGGAGCUUCUCUGGCAGCCCGAGGUGGUCCAGUCCUAUCUGAAGCUGUUGCAGACGUGCUCGAAUCCGGAGACCCUCGAGGCGGCGGCGGGCGCGCUUCAGAACCUUGCGGCCUGCUAUUGGCAGCCCAGUAUCGAAAUUCGUGCGGCUGUGAGAAAGGAGAAAGGGCUUCCCAUUUUGGUGGAGCUGUUGCGGAUGGAGGUGGACCGGGUAGUCUGCGCCGUGGCCACGGCUCUCAGGAAUCUGGCGAUAGAUCAGCGGAACAAGGAGUUGAUAGGGAAGUACGCAAUGCGUGACCUUAUUCAAAAGUUGCCCUCGGGGAAUAACCAGCACGACCAAGGAACCAGCGACGAUACGAUCGCCGCGGUGCUUGCAACGUUGAACGAGGUGAUCAAGAAGAACGCCGAGUUCUCGCGUUCCCUGUUGGACGCUGGCGGUGUCGACAGACUGAUGAACAUCACCAGGCAACGCCAGAAGUACACGCCACGUGUUCUUAAAUUUGCAGGACAAGUCUUGUUCACGAUGUGGCAGCAUCAAGAGUUGAGAGACGUUUACAAGAAGCACGGUUGGAAGGAGCAAGAUUUCGUAACGAAGACGGUGGCGGCGCGGAAUUCAGGGCCUAAUUCACCCAACAACGCGAAUAGCUAUGAUUGUAGCACGCUGAAUCGACCGAUGGCGAGUCAAGGGAGCACCAGAUACGAGGACAGAACGAUCCAGAGAGCGAACAUGAACUCGAAUAACGUUGGUCGACCUACCAUUUACCAGCCUCAACCGAAACCCGGUGAGCCGCUCUACGCGCAAGUUAACUUGGAGAAGAAAAAGAAGCGGCAGUAUGAGCUGGGGGUGGGCCAGGCGCAGGGUCAGGGGCCGGUGGUCGGCUCGGGGGUGGCGCCCAGUGUGCCCGCGGCCGGCCAAUGGGUGGCCGACGGAGUGGGCGUCCCCGACGGCUCGGCCGCCACGGCGACGGUGAACGUACCGCCCAACUCAACGGCCGCCUCCGCCGGCGACUCCUGGGUAUAACAGGCCAGCCUUGUCCGGGAUCCAGCCGCCCUCCCUCGGGGGGCAACCGCCGUCCCUCCUGCCCCGAGGCCGCCGCAGAAUCUGCCGAGGAACGUUUCCUCCUCCCCACCCCCCCAG